UAUCUAUCUUUAUUCAUCUUUCUAUGGUUUAACGAAAUUACAUAUUCGGAAACAUUACAGUUACAACUAGAGAUAUUACUUAUAUUCGUCGUAAUAGUUAAAUAAUACUAUUAAAAUUAAAGUUGCAACGAACGAGUGUAGGUUAAUAACUAGAAUUGUUAAAAAAUAGUGACAGGUGGUUUGACGUUUAUUCGCCGCCAUCGUUAUUAGCGACAGUGAUCUGCCAUAUUGCGCGUGAUAUAAAGAAUCGUAAUUUAUAAUACAUUUACGGUGUUACGGUUGUUACCUGUACAUCUAGUACGAGAAUUUAUUGUUUAUGUAGUAAUAACAUUUUAACGAAAUCCUUGUAAUUCAGUUUGUGGGAAAACAUUCCACAGUAGUGAACUACAAAACGAUAAAAGAUGUCAACUGGACCAUAUAAUUACUCUUAUAUCUUCAAAUAUAUUAUUAUAGGAGAUAUGGGAGUAGGAAAAUCAUGUUUAUUGCAUCAAUUUACAGAAAAAAAAUUUAUGGCAGACUGUCCACAUACUAUUGGCGUUGAAUUUGGGACAAGAAUCAUUGAAGUUGCAGGACAAAAAAUAAAAUUACAAAUAUGGGACACUGCUGGUCAAGAACGUUUUAGGGCAGUUACUAGAUCUUAUUACCGAGGUGCAGCUGGAGCAUUAAUGGUCUAUGAUAUAACUCGUCGUUCAACUUAUAAUCAUCUUAGCAGCUGGCUUACAGAUACAAGGAAUUUAACAAAUCCAAGCACUGUUAUAUUUUUAAUUGGAAAUAAAAGUGACCUGGAAGGUCAACGAGAUGUUACUUAUGAGGAAGCAAAACAAUUUGCUGAUGAAAAUGGUCUUAUGUUUGUAGAAGCUAGUGCAAAAACAGGACACAAUGUUGAAGAGGCUUUUUUGGAAACAGCGAAAAAGAUAUUCCAGAGUAUACAAGAUGGCCGUUUGGACUUGAAUGCUGCCGAAUCUGGAGUUCAACAUAAUCCAAGUCAACCAGGUCGUACUAAUCUUCAAGGUGUAUCUAAUGAACAACAGGGUGGAAAGGAUUCCUGCUCUUGUUAGGUCUUUAUUUGUUUGUAUAUAGAAACAUGAAUUCAUCGGUACUAUUGAUGCAUAUAUGAUUUAUACUAAGUAUAGUAAGCAAAUAGUCUCCUGUCUUUAUCCCUUUAUCUUUGAUAUGUCAAAUCUAUUCCAUGAAAAGAAUAUCACUUUUUUUCUAGUUAGACUUAAUUUUCAGAAAUGAAGUACAGAUCCAUGAUUUAGUCUACAUAUGCAUAUAAAUUGUACUGAUAACAAUGAUUCUGUAUUAACACUGAAAUUGAUAUUUCAGUGUUAAAGCUUUUCUAUGGUUAUUGUAAUUUGCAUACAUGCAAAUAUUAUUGCAUAGGUCGUAUACUUUAUUGCGUAAAAAAUUUAAUAUUAGACAAUAUGUUGUAUUCACAAAUCUUAUAGUACAUUGUGUACAAGGUGCAUUGUACUAAACAUUUACUUAAUCACAAGAAAAUAUGAUAAAUAUGAAUGUGACACAGCCAAAUAUUUACCAUUGUAAAUUAAAUAUGUGUAACAAGAUUAAGCACGUUUGAUCGUGUUUGUUAUCUAAUUUGCAGUUUGAAAGCUAUUGUACUAUAAGCUUAAGUGCAAAAGAUUGUUGGUAACACAUCUAAACUUCUCAACAGCAUCAAAGAGUUGUCACAAAAUGGCAUAAUGAAAUAGAAUUAAUGUCAACUCUAGUGUUCCAUAUAACUACAACCCCAUUUUCAUAUCAUACAAAGCAUAUAAACUGCUAAUGUAAAGUUAAAUAUAACUUUUAUUUUCUGCUUGAAAAACAUCUUAAUUUCCAAGUGUUCUGGAAUGUUCCAUGUUUCCAAUUUGAUGAGAAGCAAAUUUAUAUUGUUAUGAUUACUAUUAUUUCAAAGAUUUUAAACAAUUAGUGUUUUCCAGAGAAUAGAUCUUUUAAUAUUCUAUUACAUUAUAUCAAUCAAUAUCGUUUUCACAACUGCUAAAAUGAAGUAAUGUACAGUUGAUAUGUAUCUUAAAUUUUUAUCCACAUUUCAUGUUUUGUUAAUUUUUAAAAAAGGCUAGGAGAAAUGUUAUCUGAAAAAUUUAUUAUUUUCCGUACUUUAAUUAACAGCUAUAUUGUACCUAGCAAUAGACUUAGCAUAUUUUUCAAAAUCAAUUUUACAUACCAAUCCCGACUGAAAUGAAAUUAAAAAAUUAAUUUAAAAGGAAUCAAAUAUUAUAUGUUGUUUUUUAUUUAACAUAUAGCAAAACAAUUAUAUUGCAGUUAUAUUGGCAAUUUUAUUAAAAAAUAUCAUUUAGAACAAAUUUGACCAAAGCUCUCAAAUCCACUUAAAAUAAUUAUUAUCCUGUUACAUGUAUACACAUGACAUCUAAUUAAUUGGAGAUCAAUAAGAAUCAAUUUAAUGUAGAAAACAAGAACAAAAUCUUUUUUUAUUUAAUAUGUAUUAUUGUUUAAACCUAAUUUCAACUUCAGUUACUUAUCUAUUUUCCAUAUCUUGUAUAUAUAAAUAAUAACAAAAAUAAAUAUUUAUAUUACA